UCUCAGUGCGGUGUAGAGGCGCAACGGUCACUUUGCAUUUUCUGGAAAAAAAAACUCUCUCAAGAAAGAACCAAGAAAAGAUCGAUACUUUACAGUCUGAAAAAAUGGAAAUUGUGGAGAUAGCUCCAGAUCUGUGGGAGGCGAUGAAGGAGAUGAAGACCAAGAGAAGAAAGAAACUCAGCAACGAGGAGAUAGCAGAAGCAGAAGAAGAAGAAGGGACACCUCUCAGAGGCAUGUUCUGUCUGAAAACAAGACAGGAGGAUAUGAAGCCUUUCGAGGAGAAAGAGGAUUGCUUUAUCCUCGAUUUCGACCCCAGCGAUUCAUUCGACUCGUCCUUCCCCGAGAACCCAGAAGGAGGUGAUGACGACGAUGUGGCGAUUAUACACGAGAAAGGCCAGGUGGCUUGUAGGGACUUCCCACAUCCAAGGCAUCUCUGCUUGAAAUACCCAUUUGGAUCGACUCAGCACUCACUGCAUUGUAAUCAGUGUUACUGUUAUGUUUGUGAUUUGGCUGCACCUUGCCCACAUUGGACGCCGAGUUAUGAACCGCAUUGUGAAGCAUUAGAAAACUCUAGGUGGAAGAGUUUACGGGAGCUGCACCGCGGCCGUAGAGGACAUUAGGUGUAAGAAGCGUUUAUGAGAGUUGUGUCAGAAUCUUGCUGCUCUGCAUCAAACAAGUGAAGGACGUGUGGUGGAAUUUGUUUUUUUUUCCAGUUGCUAAAACUUGAGAGUGAUGAAUGUUAUGAGUGUCUGUAAUAACAUUGCCAUCCUUAGAUGAAUAUUUUGCUUA